ACUUGAAUCCGAUGGAGCAUAUAUGGCGUCAGUUGAAACUCAACCUUAGUCUUUACAACACACAUGCCAAAAAUACUCAAGAAUUAUGGAAAAGAAUUGAAAGGGAGUGGAACAAGUUUGAUAAGGAUUUGUGUUGCAAGUAUAUCGAUACUAUGCCAGAUAGAAUAAGGGCGGUCAUCAAGUCUAAAGGAGGCUAUACGAAAUAUUAAAAAUGAUAUGGUUUUUUUAUUAAUAAAGUUCGCUUAAGGAUUUAUCUUUACAAGCCCAAUAUUCAAUGAAGACUUUA